ACAGAAAGAAAACGCGAAAUCCGCGAAAAGACAGCACCUAGAACGAGUAGAAAGAUGGGAAAGACGCAAAAAUGGCGAUGCCAGCUAAAACGCCAUGAGAUUGGCCCCGAGGAACACACCCCGCACGCCCUCCUAUCUCCUCCCUUGCGUCAUUGCCUUGGCCACCUUCUCCGUCACCGCCCUCCUCCUCUACAAGGUGGACGACGUCGCUUCCCAAACCAAGACCCUCGCGGGCCACAACCUAGACCCCACGCCGUGGCACCCCUUCCCACCCAAGACCUUCGGAGAGCAAAGCCGCCUGAGAGCGUACAAAAUCAUACACUGCUCUUACCUCGCAUGUCACUCAGCCACCAACCCUAACACUAUCCCCGAACGACACCGUUCUCAUGACCCCUCUCAACCGAGCGAGACAUGCCCAGAUUUCUUCCGGUGGAUCCACCGCGACCUCGAGCCCUGGGCUGCGACCGGGAUUUCGCCGACCCAUCUGGCGGAAGCCCAGAAAUUCGCGGCUUUCCGGGUCGUGAUCGUUGCGGGAAAGCUCUACGUGGAAUUGUUUUACGCGUGCGUGCAGAGCCGAGCGAUGUUAACGAUAUGGGGGUUGUUGCAGCUUCUCAAGAGGUAUCCCGGGAUGGUAACUGAUGUGGAUAUAAUGUUUGAUUGCAUGGAUAAGCCUAUUGUCAACCGGACCGAGCACAGCUCCAUGCCGUUGCCGCUGUUUCGGUAUUGCACCACUGAGGAUCACUACGACAUCCCGUUUCCUGAUUGGUCUUUCUGGGGUUGGCCAGAGACAAAUAUAAGGCCCUGGGAUGAGGAGUUUCUAGACAUUAAACGAGGCUCUCAAAGUCUAAGUUGGUCGAAGAAGCGGCCCCGUGCAUAUUGGAAAGGAAAUCCGGAUGUUUAUUCUCCUGUUCGUACAGAGUUACUGCAAUGUAAUCACUCUAGGAUGUGGGGAUCAGAAAUUAUGCGUCAGGAUUGGGCAGAAGAAGCAAGAAUUGGUUAUGAGCAGUCCAAAUUGUCAAAGCAGUGUGAUUACCGUUAUAAAAUCUAUGCGGAAGGCUAUGCUUGGUCUGUGAGCUUAAAGUAUAUCCUAUCAUGUGGUUCUCUUCCUCUGAUAAUAUCCCCACGCUAUGAAGAAUUUUUCAGUCGUGGUCUCAUUCCCAAGAAAAACUAUUGGCCAGUCUCUCCUACCAAUUUGUGUCCCUCUAUAAAGUACGCUGUUGACUGGGGAAAUGAACACCCAUCUGAGGCUAAGGCAAUAGGAAAAGAAGGUCAGACUUUAAUGGAAACCCUAAGUAUGGAUAGGGUCUAUGAUUACAUGUUUCACCUCAUCACGGAGUACUCGAAGCUGCAGAAAUUCAAGCCAGUUCCACCAUCUUCUGCUCUAGAAGUGUGUCCAGAAUCCCUGCUUUGCUUAGCUGAUGACAAGCAGAGGCAAUUCCUGGAAAAAUCAACUGCCUUCACUUCACAAGCACCACCAUGCACCCUCCAGCCUGCCAAUAGCAAUCUCAUCAAGGAAUUAAUACAACAGAAAGAGAAAAACAUGAAGGAUGUGGAAGAUAUGGAGAAGUUGAAAGCGCAGAGACGAUCAUAUUAGCAUGCCUCUCAUUGUGGAUAUAUAAAGUAAAAUUAAAUUUGCAAUACUGGCCUUUUACUCGUUUUUUAUUCUGGUAUCAUCUUUUUGAGGACCUUAAAUUUUCUUAAUAUCGAACUCCACAAAAUUUGAAAA